AUGCUCGCAUUCUUCGGGCACCUCGGCCAGGAGCCCCACGAGUUCUUCAAGACAUAUUCCGCGGAGUUCAAGCCCAAGAAGAAGAACGGGGGCGCCGACUCGGGGGUGGGGAAGGCUGCGGGGACGCAUGCAUCUGGACGCGGGAAGGGCGCGGUCUCUGCUGUUAAGAGCACGGGCGACGAGGAAUACGUCGAGAUGUAG